AUGCGCUUCAUCUCCCUCGCUACCUUGGCAUCUGGCGUUAGUGCCUCCGUCACCACUGGCUCGUCAGCCGCCACUACUGCUGCUGCCACUACUGCCGCCACCACUGCUGCUAGUGCCGCUGCGACUACCGCUGCCGCGACUACCGCCGCCGCGACGACUUCUGACGAGGUCGACCAAACCCUGGCGCUGGUCACGGCCUGCGCUGCUGAAUGCCCCGCCUUAGACAAGCAUAUGACAAGAUUCUCUGCCGUGUCGCCCGUCUCUGAAAGUUACACCGAAGACGUUAUGAACUUGUAUGAAAACGACGAACGCAGAUGCCUAUUCCACCCCAUCUGCCUGGACUGCCAGGAGGGUUCUGACUGCCCCAUGGCCACCUGCUUCGCCGAGAUCGAAGUGUGCAAGCCGCUCGUCGGUGUCUUCGCCCUUCUCACCGCUAACUGCGCCUGCGCAGCUGGUGUUGACUUUGGCUCCAAGCCGGGUCAGAUUCUGGGCGAUGAAUUCAAUCUGAUAUCCCAGUUCAUGACAUGCCCCGACGAAGUUAAGGCCCUCCCCGCUCAGGAUACCUGCUACGGCCCGGGCGAAGCUGGCAGCAGUGAUGCUUACACCAUGUCGGCUACCGCGGCUGCCCUUGUUGCCCUCGCGCAUCUUCUUUGA